AAAUUAAUUAAUAAUGCUAAUGCAAUUAGCCAUCGCAAUGUCGCAGAGUUACACAAAUAUAUAUCUUAGAGCAAUCAGUGAUAAGAACAUUCCUGGCACUUGCCCAGAAUGAAAGUGAACUGCGUCAAAUUGCCGAAAUGAGAAAAAAAAACCCCAGAUCAAAACAAACGAUAUGGUUAUGGGGAGAACCUUCAUGCCAGAAGUGUAAACAAAGAAAUUGAAUAUGAUAGCUAUAUAAUUAUAUAAAUGGCAAUUGCUACAACUAUUCUAAAAUUCCAAGAACUGUGGCUUGGCGAAUUCAAAAUUUGAUUUGGCAGCCCCUCUCUUCGUGCUUCGUUCAACUAAACAAUGAUUAACCUAAACAGAAUGUGUAAUACAACAACACUUAUCGCUUGUGUACAAUGAAUAACUAAUUGAUGAUUCAAAUUCAGCUGGAGAUUGCAGUUAUCGACAGCAAAUCAGUUAAAACACACAAAACAAAAUCCCAUAUGUCUAUGUAGAACGCCAACAAAAACAACAACAAUAAACCCCCCCAUAGGUGCACACCAUAAAUUAGCAGUCAAGUGAUACUUAAUACCCAGAUCAGACAACAGCAUCUGGCGAAACAAUUUGUGGCAGCAAAAGCUCAACUUUGUUUUGAACCUCGCCAGAUAACGACAACGUCUUCUCAAUUGAAUAUCGUCUGCUGCAUAUAGCAACAACAUAAAUGGUCAUCAGAUAACAGAUAGACACAGCAAGGCAGCAGGGCAGAGUUAGCAGAGUGCAAUGAAAUCUUUCUACACUGAAGCGAAGAACCAUUUAAGCAAUUGCACUCGCAUAAUUUCCGUGUCAGACGAAACUACUACGCCCGCCGCCCAUCAAAACUACAAACAUGAACUUGAACACGAACACGAAUACGAGUACGACUGUGACACGGAUAUCACAUCUACGGAGGCCACAAUGUCGCCCCACGCGGAACACUAUGACAAUGGCAUGCAGAGGUUAUCAUCCUCCACACCAUCGGGUCUAGGCAUGAACAACAAUUUCAUUACAUCCACCACAACAUAUGACACUUUGCAAAGGCCUUUCAAACCUGACAAAUUGAGAGGUCGUUGGUCUACGGCAGCCGAUUUCUAUUUUGCCUGCAUCAGCCAUGCCUUUGGCUCAGUUAUCUUCUCGGAAUUGGCUCUAUAUGUGUCCGUCUGUGCGGGAGCUUGGGCCUUGCUGCCAUAUCUAUGCGGCAUUCUUUUAUAUGCCAUCCCCAUAUUUGGAAUUCAAACAUUUCUGGGACAAUUCUCUACAUCCGGCACAAUCUCGGUGUUUCGAGUGGCCCCCAUAUUCAAAGGCAUAGGCUAUUCCAUUUUGCUACACAAUUUAGUUUCUUUAUCCUAUUAUGCAGUAAUUGCUUCGGUUCCUUUAGUUUAUGCUGUAAAUUCUCUAUAUACUGUGAUACCAUGGAUGAGUUGUAAUAAUUCAUGGAACACCCCCAACUGUUCAACCCAUAAUACUUAUGAUGACUACGAUGAAGUAGAAAUAUAUCCACAUGCCUCGGAGGAAUAUUUCCGUUACAUCAUUCGAUCUGAGGAAAGCUCCGAUCACCCACUAACGAUCUCAUGGCCUAUUCUAGGAGGCAUUAUUGCAGUGUGGUUACUAACAUUAGCAAUUAUCUUAAAAAGAGUAACAUUCAUAGGGAAAUUCCUGAGAUGCACAAGUCUGUUGUUGAUCACACUCUUCAUUGCCAUAUUUGUGCAUUUGCUGAUGUACGUUCAGAUUUCGUGGGAAACAAUAGUCGAAGACUACAUGGAACCCAUUUUGCCGGAUAGACGUGAGGUCUUAAUGGCCGGCAUUAAGGCAGCUGUGAUAAUGCCUAUGUGGCUAUUGGGACCCGGAUGUGGUAGUAUUUUAACUUUGGCCAGUCACAAUCGUUUUCGCCAGGAUACCGAAAAACAAAUGUAUUGGGUGGCCAUCACAUUCAUGAUCAUAACUCAAAUGGGAACGCUGUGUACACGCAUAGCCUUGGAUCAUUUUGAAGAUCAUGUGGCCUUGUUGCAUUUUCAUGUUAACGAAGAACACAAUAUGAGAUUUAUUUACAUCUGCUUUGCCUAUUUAUUUAGCAGUUUUAAUAGUUUACCCAAUUUUUGGAGUUUUCUGUUUUUCUUUAUGCUCUUCUUAGCAGAGUUAUCGGCUGUGAUAGUCCAAAUGAUGACGGUACUGAGGGCACUUUUUGAUGAAUUUGAAACGCUAAGAAAAAUAAAAUCCAAAUUUACCAUAGGCCUUACAAUGUUAAUGUUGCCGGUAUCAAUAUAUUUUUGCACAAAGCAAGGUUUCCAACAUCUGCAUGUGCUGCCUGAUGCCGCCUUGGUAACUCACUUGUCUAUCUCAAUAUUUUUACUGUUCGUUAGCACUUGGAUCUAUGGGCGGGAACGCUUCCAAUGUGAUUUGCAAUUUAUGCUGGGAAAGACGAUAUCAAAUUUUAAAAUAUUUUUACUGCGCUUUUUGACACCCUUCUUUUUGGGUUUCUGCAUUGGUGACGUCAUCUAUUCCACAUACACGGAUGAUGAGGAGAAUCCGCCCUGUCUUAUAAUUGUGAUAAUCCAAUGUUUGGUCUUUGUUGCCGUUCCACUGUACAUAGUGUACAAAAUUAGCCGAUCCAGAGGUUCGCUGCGUCAGCGUGUCAAACAGUGUUUUUCUCCACAUGACUGGCAUCCCGUAGAUGCGGAUAAUCGCCGUUUUUAUGAAGAAAUAAUGGGCACCUCAGAAAUGUUGGUCAUUCUAAGCAAUGAGCAUGAAACCUGUUAAUGUUCCGGUUUGAACGAGUGAACAAAAUCGAAACAAUAAAUCAUCCAAUAACAAUUCUGUAAUAAAAGACUUUUCGUUGUUCUAUAAUUUUUGUCAAUACAAAAAAAAAAAAUAAAAAAUCAUAUGAUAAAAUACUCCGAACAAAAACAGACAACCAAACUUAAGUGGUAGCUUUUUUAAUUAUAUAAAUGAAUAUAUAUCUAAAUAAUAAGAUAAGUUACGACAAUUUUAUCUGUCCAUAUAUGCUAUAUACCCAAAGCACUUUUAUGUAUAUGAACGGCCAACUUUCAGUGAUGGGCUGUUAUAGACAUAGACAAUUCGUUGGCGUUAUGCUGUCUUGGUACAUAGGCCAUUUUACGAGUUAGGAACAUACUAUGAAACAACUGCAUUCAGUAUCAUCAAGAAAAUUUGGUGUAUCUCAUUUGGUUUUCGAGAUAUUAAGAUUUUAAUAUGGUAAAUAUGGCAUAUUCCAAUGCUUUUUUCAAAACUUCAAAUGAGUUUAUCUCAAAAUUAAUAAGGUGGCGUAUGGAACAAGAUAUCUCAACACCAACGAAUUCAUAUUACCUUUAAAUUUAAAACCUCUAAUUGUUACAUUUCAUAAUUUUUUUUUUUUUAUUACAAGCUGAAUAAUUUGUUUAGCUGCUGGUAAAUCAAUUCAUAUAUUUUAUUGAAGUCAAAGAUUAGGCUAUCAUUAAAGAUUUUCCACUCCUGCAACAUUUUAUACUCAUACACAAAAUUAUCUGAAAAAAACUAUUUUAAGUCUUUUAACUCACUUUGGUAAACACUCUAAAUG